AUGUUAUCGCUCAGUAUCCCGUCAUAUACGCAGCCAUCCGGGUAUCAGCUCUCAGAGCUGCCAAAUCCCAAGCUCGGCGACGCGAAAGAUGUGAUUGUCAAAGUCCAUGCGGCCAGCAUCAAUCCAAUCGAUGUCAAGAAGGCCAGCGGUGCGCUGAAAAUGGCAAUCAAGGACGCAUUUCCGUUUAAAAUCGGCUACGAUUGCGCUGGCAUAGUCACAGAAAUCGGGGACGGCGUGAGCCAAUUCAAAGUUGGAGAUGCCGUCUACAUCCGAUUGCCAGAGGCUUGUCGAGGUUCGUGUAGCGAAUUUGUCAAGUGCUCCGAGGAUCAGAUCGGACUCAAGCCUAGUUCGCUCUCGUUCGAAGAUGCAGCCUCAAUCCCCCUGGCCGCCAUGACUGCACUGCAAGCUCUCAAGAACUACCACGGGGAUUUGGAAGGCAAAACCGUUUUCAUUCCCGCUGGCCUCAGCGGGACGGGAUUAUUCGCUUGCCAGUUGGCGAAGAAUGUCUUCAAAGCCGGCAAGGUCAUUACCACACUCUCAACCUCAAAGAUUCCAAAGAUUAAAGAGCUCCUCGGCGAAUCAACCGUCGACGAAAUUGUCGAUUACACAAAGUCCGACCCCAGAGACGCAAUCGAGCAUGGUUCCGUGGACUUCCUCUUCGACACAGUUGGAUUGGCCAUGGAAUACCUCUGCUUGAUGCGCCCGAAAAUAGGCCAAAUCAUAUCCGUCUCGACCUUGCCAUCGGGCAAUCAGCUGCAGAACUCUUCUUUGAUGGACGUCCCUCAUCGUCCCACUCUGCCAAUCCACAUUCGGAUGUCUCUUAACCUGAUGGAUCAGGUCAGGAAAUUCCGUGCUCGACGUUACGGAGUGAACUAUGCCUACAUGAACUUGAGUUCUACUGGCAAGGACCUGAAUGAGCUCAAGGGGUACAUAGAAGACGGUCGCCUGAGGACUGUCGUUGGGACAACAGUCGAUCUUCGAGAUCUAGAGGCUGUCCGAAGCGCCUGCCAAGUUGUUUAUAGCGGGAAAGGCGGUCUUGGAAAGUUGGUAAUUCGAGUCGCAACGGAGUAA